ACCAAUCACACAAACACAUUCUAUCUUUCUAAUCCAUAGUAGUCAUCACUUCAAAAUCCAAAAAAAUGGCAAAGCUAAACCCCAUUGCCCUAAUUUUGACUAUUUUCUGCUUGCUCGUGUCCACACUAAAUGUGUACGCAGCCCGAGAGGGGCCCGCCGCCGCGGUGGAAGAUUCAUUCCACCGCGACAUUUGUGGCGGAAAAGAAAAGGUGGUGAAGCUCCACUUCUACGUGCAAGAUCUCCGGAUCGGGCACGUGAACGCCACCGUGUUCGAGGUGGCAAAGGCCUCCAUCACCCCGAACAACCCGUUUGCCUUCGGGAGCGUCCACGUGCUCGACGACCUAGUCACAGAGGGGCCCGAGUUCACCUCGAGGGCGCUGGGGCGGACCCAGGGGCUGACCACCAACGCCGACCUCUCCACCUUCGGCAUCGCCAUGAACCUCAACUUCUACUUCUACGCCGGCCGCUUCAGCGGCAGCCAGCUCAGCAUCCUCGGCCGGAAUCAGGUGACCGACGCCGCCCGCGAGCUGCCCGUGGUCGGGGGCACAGGCGCGUUCCGGUACGCGCGCGGCUACGCGAUUCAGACAACCUACUCCAUGGAUCCUGUGUCGAACUACGCGGUGUUGGAAUACACGAUCUACACCACCUACAACUCCAAGUUUAACAAUGAGAUUGAGAUUGCUGAAAUGUGAGGGAAUCGGAGUUGAUUUGAUAUGCUUUUUUUUAAAUAUGUAAUCGAUGAAAUAAAAAAUAUGCAAGCAUGCAUGCAUAUGUAACUUAGGUUGUUUUCUGUUUUCAGUUUUUGACAAUGUUGGACUUUUAUUAGGAGUUAAUUUCACAAAUGUUGGUGUUAUGGGUUUUAAUGGAAUCGAUUAUGCAUGUAGUUGAAUA